GGUGACCCCCACACACUUGAGUUAGAUAGGGCCAACACUGGCCGUAGCUCUGGGGCCAGGCGCGCAAAGGACAUUUACCACGCGACGAUCGAGCCCACUAUACCAGGCUUUGUUGAGCGAAGUACGCGCCCUCGCUGGCAGAUGUCUAGGAAGGCCAUCCUAUCAUAGCUUAAAGCCCACUUCCGCAAAGAGGACGCACGGACUCGGGAAUCCUUCUUCAUGUACGCACCUAGACCUGGAGCACCGCCAGGCGGCAUGCCGCCUGCGCCUGGUGGCUUCGGGGCGCCUCCCCCCUUCCCCGGCGGCCCUGGCGGGCCUCCUCCCGGGCCGGGCGGGUUUGGCGCCCCGCCUCCUCCUCCCGGGCCGGGCGGCUUCGCUCCAAGCAUGCCUCCUCCCCCGGGUGGCGCGCCACUCAACCAGGCCUUUGGAGCCAUGAGCAUCGGCGGGCCCCCCGGCGCCCCGCCACCGCCUGGGGGCAUGCCGCCGCCAGGAGGGAUGAUAGGCAUGCCGCCGGCGCCGCCUGGCAUGCAGGGUGGGAUGCCGCCGCCCCCAGGCCCUCCCGGCAUGCCGCCCCCGCCGGGGCCUCCCGGCAUGCCGCCGCCCCCCAGCCCGCCGGGCAUGGCGCCGCUCGGCGGCUUCCCCUCCAACGCGGUGCCGCUCAACAUGCCGUCCGUGUCGCCGCCGUCGCAGCACAGCGGCGCGCUCAUGGGCGUGCCGCAGCAGCAGCAUGGCAUGCAGCAGCAGCAGCAUGGCAUGCCGCCCUCGCCCAACGGCAUGAUGCCGCCGCCGCCCGGGCCGCCAGGCAGCAUGCGGCCGCCGGGGCCGCCCGGCAUGCCGCCGCCGCCAGGGGCUCCCUACGGCGCGCCGCCCCCGGGCCCCCCAGGCAUGCCGCCGCCGCCCGGCCCGCCUGGCGGCUUCCCGCCGCCAGGCAUGCCCGGCGGCCCGCCGCCUCCUCCCGGCGCCUACCCGCCGGGCAUGCCGCCCCCGCCCGGUCCUCCCGGCAUGGGACCGCCGGGCAUGGGGCCGCCCCCGCCGGGGCCUCCCGGCAUGCCGCCGCCGCCCGGUCAGCAGCGGCCUGCGGGCCAGGCGUCGGGUGCUGGCGCGCCCGGCUCCAGCCGCAUCGACCCCAGCCAGAUCCCUCGCCCGGUGGCACAGCCAGCCUCCAGCGAGAUGUUGGUGUUCGACACGCGCAUUGCCGGCGGCCACAACCUGCCGCCCGCCGCGUCCUCGCGCUUUGUGGUCCGCGACCGCGGCAGCUGCUCGCCGCGCUACCUGCGCGCCACGCUGAACCACGUGCCGCACAGCCCCGAGCUGCUGGGCAACGCCGCCAUGCCGCUGGCGUUGGUGGUCAGCCCGCUGGCGCUGCCCGACCCCGGGGAUGACCCCAUCCAGAUUGUGGACGUGACGGAGAGCGGCCCGGUGCGGUGCGGGCGCUGCAAGGCGUACAUGAACCCCUGGAUGCGCUGGACCGCCUCGGGCCGCUCCUUCACCUGCAACUUCUGCGGCCUGUCCAACAACACACCCGAUCACUACUUCUGCCACCUCUCGCCGGACGGGCGCCGCCGCGAUGCGGACGAGCGGCCGGAGCUGUGCCGCGGCACUGUGGAGUACCUGGCUUCCAAGGAGUACGUGUUCCGGCCGCCCAUGCAGCCCACCCAUGUGUUCCUCAUCGACGUCAGCCAGACCGCCAUCGCCACCGGCGCCACAGCCUCGCUGUGCCGCGCCGUGGCGGCGGCGCUGGACCGCGUGCAGGGCGGCCCCCGGGCGCUGGUCGGCAUCGCCACGUACGACAGCGCCGUGCACUUCUACAGCGUGCGCUCGCCCAGCGCGGCGCCGCAGAUGCUGGUCAUGAGCGACGUGAACGACGUGUUCGCGCCCACCAGCGGCAAGCUGCUCAUGGAGCUGGAGGAGUACCGGGAGCAGCUGAAAGAGCUUCUGGAGGGGCUGCCGGCCAUGUGGGCAAACAACAGGAUAAACGAGAACUGCGCGGGGGCGGCCAUCGAGGCUGCUAUCGAUCUGCUGAAGCCCGGCGGCGGCAAGGUGCACGCCUUCGUGGCCUCGCUGCCGGCGGUGGGCGUGCACGCGCUCAAGCCGCGCGAGGCCACGGGUCUGGGCGAGAAGGACAAGCUCAGCUACCUGGUCAGCCAGGACAACACGCUGCGCUCGCUGGCGACCACCGCCGCCGACCACAUGAUCUGCGUGGACUUGUCCGUGCUGGGGCAGGGCUACGUGGACAUCGCCUCGCUGUCCGACCUGGCCGUCACCACCGGCGGCACCGUGUACAGCUACACGCCGUACAGCCCCGUCAACGACUUUGACCAGCUGGUCAACGACCUGUCUUGGAACGUGGCGCGGCAGCAGGGCCUGGAGGCCGUGAUGCGCGUGCGCUGCAGCAGCGGCCUGGACGUGGAGUCGUACUCGGGGCACUGCUACAGGCCUCCAGCCACCCCGGACGUGUACCUGCCGGCGGUGGACUGCGACAAGGCGCUGCUGGCGCGGCUCACACUCACGGAGAAGCUGCCGGCGGGCAGCGAGGCCUACGUGCAGGCCGCGCUGCUGUACACCAACGUGGCCGGGCAGCGUGUCAUCCGCGUACACACGCUGGCGCUGCCCGUCACCGACAACAUCAGCACCGUGUUCAAGGGGGCGGACCUGGACGCGCAGAUCUGCGCGCUGGGCCGGCGCGUGGCUGUGGCGCUGCAGGGCCAGCAGCCUCUGGGCGCCUGCCGCGAGCUGGUGUCGGCCGCGGUGGUGGCCACGCUGUACGCCUACCGCCGCUACUGCGCCUCCAGCUCCUCGGCGGUGCAGCUCAUCCUGCCCGAGGCGCUCAAGCUGCUGCCCCUGUACGCGCUCAGCCUGCUCAAGGGCGCGGGGCUCAAGGACAACGUGAAGCCGGACGACCGCGCGCUGUGGAUCACGCAGAUGGGCUGCCUGCCCUGCAGCCGCGUGGGGCCGCUGCUGUACCCGCGCCUGCUGCCGCUGGGCCGCAUGCUGGCGGAGGCGGCGGAGGACAACUGCACGGCGGCGGAUGGGAACACGUUCGAGGGGCUCACGCUCUCCAGCGAGAGCCUGGAGUCGGGCGGCGUGUCGCUGCUGGAGAACGGCUACGAGGCCAUCCUGUACCUGGACCGGGCGGUGCCGCAGCAGCUGCUACACGACCUAUUGGGCGUGCCCUCCUACGACGAGCUGUUGCGCCAGCCCGCGGCCGUGUCGCUGCUGCCGCGCGACAGCUGGCCCAACCGGCUGCUGCUGGACCUGCUGACCAAGGUGCGGCUGCAGCGCAGCAGCUUCAUGCGGCUGCGUGUGGCGCGCAAGGGCGACCCGGCGGAGAGCGCCUUCUUCGCCAUGCUGGUGGAGGACCGCUCCACGGCGGGCAUGAGCUACGUGGAGUACCUGUGCCAGAUCCACAGGCUCAUCCAGAACAAGAUGGGCUAGAGGCGGAGGCGGAGGAGGAGGAGGAGGGGGAGCAGGAGGAGGGGAGGAGGAGGGGAAGGGGAGGAGGAGGAGGAUGAGGGGGAGGAGGGAAGGAGAAGGAGGAGGUGCUUGCAGGGGCUGUUUGCUUGGAGGGAUGGGGGAGGCGCGGACCGGGGUGCGUGGAGGGGUGGGGGGUAGGGGAGGCGCUGGGUUGAGGAGGGGAGGAGGAAGGACGCGCAUGAAGGGGCCGGCAUGGCCUGGGCUUAAGGGUGCGGGGCCGUUGUCGUGUCGGAGUCAGGGAGGAGCAGGAGGUGCUGGUGUUGGUGGUGUAAGGCUGGUGCUGGCCAGUGCCGGUAGGAACGGGAAUCCUGAGCCGAGGCAUGUGUGUCUUGCAAGCACGGCGCGGUCAGGUGUUUGCUUAGGGUGGGGAGGGGUGCGCGCUGAGUUCUUCUGUUUCGUGAGCCCGUGGGUUGAGGAUUGCGAUGCAAAAGGAGCGCUGUGGUGUGGACUGCGCAGCUGUAGUGGGUUGCUGGCUGACUUGGAUACCGGCAUCCAGAGCUCUGUAAGCCCUGCGUGCAGACAAGGACGAAGGCGGUCGAUGGUGGCCGCUCCGUGCGGGUGGACGAUGGGGGGGGGGACUUGAGGGCGAAGAUGGUCUUGUCAGAACAGGGCCUGCUGGCUGCUAAUACCGUAAAC